CACCGUUCCCAAUUUCCCAUCCAUCAUACCAACUCUUCGAGCAACUCUUCCAAACUCUUGUUGCAUAAUUACGAGGUGCAGCGAUGGCGUCGGCCGGCUCGAUGAAGGCGCUCGUGGUGAUACUCUGCAUUGCCGCGGGGACGGCGCAUGUGGUUGUGGCCGGAAGGAUAGACGAUGGCGGCGGCCUGGAAGUGAUGUGGGGCGGAGCGAGCGUGUCGCCGGACGGGCAGGUCAUCUCGCUGUCCCUGGACCGCAGCUCCGGCUCCGGCUUCCGGUCCAGGGACACGUACCUGUACGCGCGCAUCGACCUGCAGAUCAAGCUCGUGCCCCAAAACUCCGCCGGCACCGUCGCCACCUGCUACAUGAUGUCGGAGGGGUCGUGGGAGGCGCACGACGAGAUCGACCUGGAGUUCCUGGGCAACGAGACGGGCCAGCCGUACACGCUCCACACAAACGUCUUCACCAACGGCGCCGGCCAGAAAGAGCAGCAGUUCCGCCUCUGGUUCGACCCCACCGCCGGCUUCCACACCUACUCCAUCGUCUGGACUCCCCACCACAUCCUGGUGGUGGUGGACGGGACGCCGAUCCGGGAGCUUCGGAACCACGCGGACAAGGGCGUGGCGUACCCGUCGUGGCAGCCGAUGCGGGUGCACGGGAGCCUGUGGGACGCCGAGGACUGGGCCACGCAGGGGGGGCAAGUCAAGACGGACUGGUCGCAGGCGCCCUUCGUGGCACAGUACCGCAACUUCACGGCCGUCUCUACGGCGGCUGCCGGCGGUGGAUACGGGCAGGAGUACGUGAUGAUGGACGCGGCGGCGCAGGAGGCCAUGAGGCGGGCGCGGGAGAGCUACAUGACGUACGACUACUGCGCCGACGGCAGGCGGUUCCCCCAGGGCGCGCCGCCCGAGUGCUACAUGACGUAGAGAUCUGGUUUUAUGCCUUUUCGGUGCACUUUGAGUGCAGAGUCGUCGAUUAUGCAUAGGGAGAGAGAGCAUAUAUUACCAGGUGAAGGCCUCAAGGGUAUACACGUGUUAGCAUAUAUAUGUUGACCU